AUGUCACUGGAGGACAGGGACUCAGCACAGACACCGGCCAUGGCUGGCAGCAAGCAGGAGGGCCCUGGUGCCAGGGAGGCAGCCUGCAUGCUGUGUCGCCGAGCCGAGGCUGACCCGGACAUGUGCGGUGACAAACUGGAGAAGGGUGGGCUCUGUGCCCACGUGUUCUGCAUGCUCUUCGCCACUCUUCUAUCUCGCCAAGAGAAUCACCACGUUGGACUCAUGGGCUUUCUCCCUCGGGAUCUCCAAAUUGCAGUCCGGCGGGCGGCACAGAAGUACUGCUGCGUCUGCGGCCAGAGCGGGGCAACCAUCACGUGCUCUGUGCCGGAGUGUGACAGAUGGUUCCACCUGCCCUGUGCCAAGGAGGGCGGCUGUGUCAAUGUAUACGUUACUCCGUUCAGGUCCUUCUGCCCUGAGCACCGUCCAGAGCAGGAGGUGGAGGCGACUCCAGAGCCGGACACCAUUUGCCCCAUCUGCAUGGAGCCUGUGGAGGACAGAAAGACCUUCACAACCCUGGUGUGCCCAACGUGCAAAAGGGCCUGGUUCCACAGGGACUGCAUCCAGGGACUGGCCAUGAGCGCUGGUGCUUUAUAUUUCCAGUGCCCCCUGUGCAGAGACAGUGGGGAAUUCCCUGUUGAAAUGUUCAUCAUAGGGAUCCGAAUCCCCUUCAGACAGCCGACAUGGGAGGACAACGAUGCCUUCGCGGAGCUAGGAGAGAGGCAUGGCCAGUGCAAUGCCAGGGAUUGCCUUUACCCUGGAGGCAGAGAGGAGGCAGAGGAAGAGGGGCCCUGGCAAUUGCUCCUGUGCUCCUCCUGUGCUGCCGAGGGCACCCAUAGGCGCUGCUCUGGCCUGAGAAACAGCACACACAGAUGGGAGUGUGACACCUGUGCUGGGCUCGGAACAUCCUCCAGGGUGGAGUCAGAGCUCAAUGGCCCCAGGGUGGCUAGACAAGACGAGCAGCCACAGCAGGCCUCAACACACAGCGUGGCAGCAGGCGCUGCCAUCUUCCUCACUGGACACCAGGAGAAUCAGCAGAUCAAGGUCAACAUGCAGCAGGUCCUCUGA